AAAAAUGAUCAUUUGAUAAUGCUUCUGCUUUUAACAUCUUGGUAUCUUGGUAUCUUGGUGUAUUGAUGAUCAAAUGAUAUCAUCAUUCGACGAUCGCAUUCAUUCAUUCAAUUAAUUCAUUUGAUCUAUUCUAAUUCAUUAUGACGCUUGUGUUUAAUUAAAUUCAGCGAUGCAUUAUUGUCAAUAUUGGAUCAGCCUGAAAAUUUCUCUUCGAUUACCUCUGUGUUUUUUCGUCCGAUGACUCUUUGUUAUCAACAAAAUCAUCAUUCUUCUAACCAAUUCUCAGAGUCACAAAAACUUUGUUUCACAUUGGAAUUUUUUAUCAAUCAAAAGUUUUCAACAACAACAAUAAACCAAUGAUCUUCAAAUACUACCAAUAAAAGCAAUAAACAUUUGUUAUUGUCAGACAACAACAACAACAAGCAACAGACAAGUUAUCUAAUGAUGAAAAAUAUGUGAUCGCUCACAUGAAUGUAUGAUUAGUGCGUUCUCGUUUAUUGUUGGUCAAAUUCAUUCAAUAGUGAUGAUUGUCAAUCCUUGCGUUGAUUUUAUCAUUUUUCCGUAUAGAUAAUCAAUUAAACAUUUUAAAUUCAGUUGUUUGGUCGACUUUUUCAAUAACAUACAUGCGACGAACAUAACGUAUUAUCAUCGUCAAAAAACGCAAAGGAAAAGGAAAAAACGUUUGUUCUAUAUUGUCGUCAUUGAGAAGCUAUCAAGGUAUGGUGACCAUUCGUUUUACACAACACAAGAGUAAUGUUCUUCGUUUCGAUGACGAAAAUUGUGAUACCGUUGAUGAUGUAAAUCAGAUGAAAGAUUCAGUCAUUUAACUUUGAUAAAGAUGAUGUUAUCAUUGAACCAUUGUCAAUCGAUUCUCCAUCCAAUAGUAUAGUAGUUGGUUUUUAUGAUUGAUGAGGAUGUUUGACAUUUUGACAAUAUUUUCUCUGCCAAGACCAACACUCGAAUUGAAAUGUAUUGAAAUGCAUUUUAUAAUGAAAAACAUUUGGUGGAUCGAAAUGUCGAUUUAUGAUUUCAUAUCUGUUGUUGCAAUGCGAUGACAAAUUGUCAUUGACCUGACCUAACUACUACUAGACACCUGUAGGUGAUGCUUAAUGGAUCAAUUAAAUUUCCAACCAUACAGAAUCACAUCAUACAUUUACAAUCAACUUGUUCAUUUCAAUUUUUGCUCGUUUUGAUGACGACGGGCGUUGAUUUAUUUGUUUUCAUUGUGCCUAUACUUGCCACAUUCAUUCAAUUGUUGAUGUAUCUGUGUGUGUGUGUGCAUGUGUUUAUGCGUCAGUCAGUGCUUCUUCAACAGUCAGAUCGAUUCUGUUUGAUUGACUCGAUGUUUAACUUUUUUUCUUUUUGUUUGUGUUUGUGGCUGAUAAUUUCACACACAAUAUGGCAUAUGGUUCAUAUGAUUCUGAUUGUUUUAGUAAACACAUAAUCAAUUGAAUUGGGUCAACAAUGUUACCAAUCAAUCUACAAGAAUGGAAUAAAAGCAAAUUGAAUUUAUCAUUCAUCACUCAACACCAAUACCAGCAAGCAAUAUAUUGAUGGGCCAUUGAAUUCUUGUCUUUUAGAAGGAAAAAAAUAUCAAAGCACAUGUAAUGAGAAUUUAAAGCUAAUUUUUUUUAUUGGCACAUUAUUCAUAAUAAAUAUACCGCAAGCAAUAAACCAAAAUAUACAUACCGACACAGAUAAACUUUAGUGAACAACUACCACUGUUUUGUGUUCGUGUGUGUAUAGUAUUGGAUUUUGUCGUCGAAACAUAACGAAAUAACACGGCAUACCGAGUUUCAAGGCUAAAUAUCUCCACGGAUAUCUUUGAUGUGCGGCAUUCAACCACUUACACAGACAAUCACACACACCACACACGUAAGAAAUUUCAGCUGUUGACGACAAAAUAAUUUGUCAUUCUCAUGAAGAUAUACACUUGUAGCUGUAUAUUUGUGGAUUCUUUAUGAAUCAUUCACUAGUUCAUAGUUUGAGUUUGUUUGUUCCGGAAUCGAAAAUUUUCCCAUUUCAAUAUUUCAACUCAUCAUCAUCAUUUUGAGUCAUGGCUAUAUCGUAUUCAACGUCAUCAUCAUCAUCCUCAUUAUCCAAUGGCAAUAAUCAAAACCAUUUGGAUAUAUCACGUCGUAAUCCACAAGAUGAAUUUGAUCUCUUACAGCGUGUCGGUUCCGGCACCUAUGGCGACGUAUACAAGGCUAAACGACAUUCAACUGGCGAAGUGGCCGCCGUUAAAAUUAUAAAAUUAGAACCGGGCGAUGAUUUUUCCAUUAUUCAACAAGAAAUUCGUAUGAUGAAGGAUUGUCGACACCCAAAUAUUGUCGCUUUUUUUGGCUCCUAUCUUCGACGUGAUAAACUAUGGAUUUGUAUGGAAUAUUGUGGUGGUGGUUCAUUACAAGAUAUUUAUCAUUGUACAGGUCCAUUAAGUGAAGAUCAAAUAGCCUAUGUGAUACGUGAAACAUUAAAAGGAUUACAUUAUCUUCAUUCAGUGGGCAAAAUCCAUAGAGACGUCAAAGGUGCUAACAUACUGCUGACCGAAGAAGGUGACGUUAAACUAGCCGAUUUUGGUGUAUCGGCUCAGAUCACGGCCACAAUCAGUAAACGGAAAUCGUUCAUCGGUACACCGUAUUGGAUGGCUCCCGAAGUUGCAGCAGUCGAAAGAAAAGGCGGUUACAACCAUCAAUGCGAUAUAUGGGCUAUCGGAAUCACUGCAAUCGAAUUAGCGGAACUACAGCCACCAAUGUUUGAUCUACAUCCAAUGCGCGCAUUAUUUCUAAUGUCGAAAUCAAAUUUCAAACCACCCACACUGAAAGACAAGGCACGUUGGUCACCGGAAUUUCAUCAAUUUGUCAAAAUGGCCUUGACCAAGAAUCCAAAAAAACGUCCUUCAGCCGAACGGCUAAUAUUGCAUCGGUUUUUAUUUCCUCGUCCUGAAUUAACCCGUGAACUGAUAAAAGAACUAUUGGAACGGGUGAAUAAUCCACAAAAUUAUCAUACGAAUGAUGAUGAAGAAGAUGAAACAUACGAAGAAGCCCAACAAUCGCUACCACCGCAGCGAAUUUCGUCCAAACGAUCGGUUCAAUAUGAAGAUUCCAGAGCGAUUGGAUGGAAUAACAAUAGCAAUAAUAAUCACAAUACACCACACCAAGCAAAUCGCUCGAGUUUUUAUGCCAAUUUUCAGCAGCACUAUUCACCAUCUCCUUCACCAUCACCAGUUUCAUUAUCGUCGGCAGCUCAACAGCAACAGAAUCGUGAAUUACAUUCUGUACGACAGUAUUCGACACCGUCACCAUUGAUUGUGACACGUGUACAGAUGCCAGGUGAUACUAGUAGUUGCAAGCAACCACCAACAUCAAAUUCUAACGACUGUGAUAUUCAAAACAAUCAUAAAUCUUCGAAUCAUUUGUAUCAAGGGAAAAAAUCAAUUGUUGAUGGUCAUAUCGAUAAUAAUAGUCGAUUCUCUUCAUCAUCCGGUGAACAUCGUGGCGGUGGACGUAAAUCCCUAUUGGAGAUUGUUGAUGAAGAAUUACUUAAUCGGUAUGUGCAACGUUUUUACCGAAUCUGGCACAUGUUUCAUUUGUGUUUUUUUUGCAGUGGUCAUUCAGACUCUUUGACUGCCCAUGAUCAACUAUAUUCAUCUCAGCAAACUCUUCCAAUUGAUUCGUGUUCGUUAUCAGCAUCUCAUCCACCACCAUCAAAGAUGAGUUAUCGAAAUAAAUUACUCCAACAACAACAACAACAACAACAACAUCUGAAUAACAAUCAAUUUGCAGCCAAUUUUCUUCAACACCAUUAUCGACAACGAAGUGAAUCUUGUUGCAGGGAAUUGUUUGCUCAACGACAACAACAAGUCAGUGAUUCUUCGCCCAGAAGAUAUCAUUUAUCAGCCAAUAAUUAUGCUUCUGAUUCAGCUGAUGAAUUAUUCGCUUUAAAGUCUUCGGGAUUUUACGGUGGUAGUUCAUAUAAUUUAAAUUUUUCCAAUACCGCAAGUAAUAAUGUUGUCGAUACGGCCAAACAUUCCAUUUUUCGUGGCUGGGACAGGGAAAAUUUUUUCAAUUCAAUUGGUCGUGAUCGUGCAACACGACUAUUAUUUAAAAGCUCGCCACGUUAUCGACAACAACAACAACAAUGUUCACCAAUUCAAAGUUAUCGUUCAUCUCAUACUGAAUCUGAACCUCUGGUACCUAGGCCAUCGUUUGUAUUCGGUGCUCGUGGUCAACAAUGUCCGCCAAUGCCAUCGAGUUCACCAUCGCCACCACCAUCUUACAAUAGUAUAUCCGCUCAUGAAUUAUGCCGUGAUAUUGUGAACGUAUUUCCAAAUGGUUCACCGUAUCACCAGUUAAGAAAUCCUGUAUCAAAACCUGAACCACAUCAACAACGACGUUCAUCACGACAUCUCAGUAAUACCACAACCGCCAUUAGUUAUACGACUUUAACUGAAUCAUCAAAUGUUGAUUGCCAACGAUCAACAAGGCAACGUCGGCCAUUGUCGGUGAAUCUUAAUGAUGAAUCUUAUCUGAAUUGGAGUGCCAAUACAAUCGAUGAAAUCUUAUCAAAUGUUUGCAGCGAUAAUCGAAUAGCCAAUAAAACUACAGUGAAUAUCAAUGAUGACGAUUCAUUAAAUAAUCAUCGACAUUCCCAUCUUCAUGAUGAACAAGAUGAAGAUCUAAAUUCGGAUAAUAAUCCCCCACCGCCUCCGGCACCACCUUUACCUGACAAUUUCGUACUACCCAGUUCAAAUAUGAAUCUUGACGAUGACGACAAUGGAAAUGAUGAUGAUGAUGAUGAUUCAUCCUUGUCGAAAAUUCCACCAGAAGUUCCACCAAGACAACGUCGUAAUCGUACCGGUGUAAAGACCAGUCAAAAUAAUGUGGUCUCAGCAGCAAAAUCAACAACGACGACAACAACAUCGUUAAAUCACAACAAGUCUAGUAGUAAUCGACCAUCAUCACAGCCUCAUAACUAUGUGAAUGGACUUCCACCGACACCGAAAGUACAUAUGGGAGCUUGUUUCUCCAAAGUAUUCAAUGAAUGUCCAUUAAAAAUCCAUUGUGCUACCAGUUGGGUCCAUCCAGAUACUCAUGAUCAGCAUAUUUUAUUAGGUUGUGACGAAGGAAUAUAUUGUUUGAAUUUGAAUGAAUUACAUGACGCUACACUUGAUCAAUUGUUUCCACGACGGACCACUUGGUUGUAUGUGAUCAAAAAUGUUCUAAUGUCAAUAUCUGGCAAAACAUCGCAACUAUAUCGACAUGAUCUCGUGCAGCUUUAUUCGAAAAAGAAUCUCAAUUUCGGUUUGCCUUCAUCGGUCGAUUCAAUGAUCAAUCGAAUACCAGGAAAAUUGAUGCCCAGAAAAUUCAUGUUGGCAUCACAACGAGUGCCAGACACAAAAGGAUGUUUAAAAUGCUGUGUAGGACGAAAUUCUCAUAAUGGAUAUAAAUAUCUUUGUGGCAUUUUACAGAAUUCAAUAUUCCUUAUGCAAUGGUACAACCCGAUGAACAAAUUCAUGCUACUGAAAACAUUUGAGCACUAUUUUCCGCCCAGUAAACCAAUAAACAUGUUGGAAAUGAUCAUCUCAUCUGAUAUGGAAUAUCCUCUAUUAUGUACCGAUGUUAAAAGCACAACAGACCCUAAACAAUUUGAUCUUACUUUGAUCAAUCUCAAUCGAAAUUCGAAUGCCAUUUGGUUUGAUCGUGAUCGAACAUUAGACAGUGAUUGUAGUAGCCAAAGAUCAAGCUCGAGCGUAAUAUUGGGUGCUGGACACAGUCUUGAUUUCAAUGAUUUGGAUAUGGAUGCAUUCGGAGAUGGUACUGAAACAAUGGUUCCUAUGGGUCGGUCAAGCAAAAAUGCUUUGAAUCCGAUUUCCGUGAAACAGACUGAUUCGGAUACCAUUCUUAUUGCAUAUGAAAAUCUGGUUAAAUUGGUUGACUUGACUGGCCGAUUGAAAUCUAGUCGACAAAAGCCAUCUGAAUUUGAAUUUGAUUUCAAUAUCGAUUCUAUCGUAACGUUGACCGAUUCAGUACUGGCAUUUCAUACAUAUGGUAUGGGUGGCCGAUCAUUUUUAGACAAUGAAAUUGUCCAAGAUAUUCAAGAUCCUUCCAGAUGUUUCAAAAUGAUUGGUGCGGAUGAUCAAACUGUCAUAUUGGAAUCUCGACCAUCAAAUUCAAAUACUCCAGAUACGCCUUCCAAUCUUUACAUUCUGACAGGUCAUGAGAAUAGCUACUGAUAUUCUUAGCUAUUCAUUAAGGCCAUGAAACCAAUGUCGAACAAUGUGUGUCGAACAAUCUGCCAAAGACGAUUCGAGUUGGUGUGUGCCUGUUAUUUAUAUUUGUUUGUUACUUAUCUAUAUCUUUAUUUAAAUGACGACAUUAUUCAUCAUCCUCAUCACCCUGUCGCUCAAUUUCAUCGGUGUUGCACAUGUUAUAAUCUCCAUCAUUGUCAAACAUAUUUGUCAAUAGGCAAAGUUCCAAUUUUUUCGUUCUCAUUUGUCAUAUUUAUAUAUUAGGAAAAGUUAUAAUGUGCAAAUGACAAGAGAACCAGUGUUUUAUUUUUUAAAUUUUUUCCUUCAUUGUCUGUUUUUCUUUUCUUAAUGUUGUUUUUAUUAUUAUAUUCAUUUAAUAUUAUUUGCUUCACUCUUGAUUGCUCUUGCUCGAGGAUAAAACACAAAUCAAUUUCAUUACCAAUCAUUUAUUACCAUAAUUUUUCUCUGUGCAUUAUUAUAUAUAUGAAAAUUUAAAGUUAUCAAUUUUAAAAUUUGUUUCAUUACAUUACAUUCAUACAUGUACACACACACACACACACACAUUACUGAUAGCGAUUUUGUUCGUUUCGUUCGCUUCGAAAAAAUCAAUUUGUUUGAUAAAAUAGCUCAAUUUGUCUGUGUUUGAUAUUUGAUAUAAUAAAUGGUUAUUAUUUUGUCA